GUCCUGAAACUGUAUCCACAUGCUCUCCUUUCUAGUCUAUCGGAGAGACUCAAAGCACUGCUCUGCGAGACAAAAUGAAAACAAUAUCAGCGCCCAGAGGAGGAACCAUCCUCUGCUCCCACACCAACCACUUCACUCUCUGCAACCGCCUUUGCUUUCUCUCUCUCCAUCCCAGCUGCCCACCGCGACCUCCUAGUCUCCACCUCACACGAGCAAGCCGCUUCCUCCCCCACUCCACACCCAUUUCUCCCAUAACGCACCGUUUCGUCCUCCGCGCCGCCGAGUCAACCCCGCCCGCCUCAAUCUCCCCCGCCGACAAAACCAUCGCCACCGACGACGAAUUCUCGCUCGCUAAGGUUUCAUUUGGAACAAUUGGCCUAGGUGUUGGGGUUACACUCUUGUCGUAUGGGUUUGGGGCUUACUUUAAUAUCCUCCCGGGAUCUGAGUGGUCAGCAAUAAUGCUAACAUAUGGCUUCCCUCUUGCAAUUAUUGGCAUGGCUCUCAAGUAUGCGGAACUGAAACCAGUCCCAUGCUUGACUUACUCAGAUGCUCUAAACUUGAGAGAAACAUGUGCCACUCCAAUCCUUAAGCAGGUCAGAAAUGAUGUUAUAAGAUAUCGCUAUGGGGAUGAGCAGCAUUUGGAUGAGGCAUUGAAACGGAUUUUUCAGUAUGGUCAAGGUGGAGGAAUUCCACGGAGGAGUGCUCCUAUUCUACAAACGAUUCGUGAAGAAGUCACAGAAGAUGGUAAAUACUGUUUAAUCCUGGUGUUUGAAGCCAAAGCUCUGCAGUUGUCAGAUUUUGAGAAAAGACAGGCAAAAUUUGCUUCAUUCUUCGGACCGGGGAUCACAGCCGAAGUUGGAAAGAGUGGGAAUGAUGUAUAUGAAGUCCGACUUAUUUCCAACACCAACCCCAAUGCAUCGAUCUCCUAAUUAAUGCAGUGUAUAUGAUGGAUUUUAAUCUAAUUCUGCUAUCUGGUUUGCCUUCACAAGUCCCUUGUAAAGUUUUGUAUAAUGUUUAGAAUCAGCUGGGGUAACAUUAUUAUAACAAAAUCAAAUUUUUGAAGAGAGGAAAAUAUACAAAAGCAGCUGGGGAGAUGGAUGACUGCCUGACUGGAGCCUCCAACUGCCUACUGUUGUGGUAAUUUUGUGGAUGCAUAUAUUCACACACUACACGCGUUUAACAAAUAUAUAAGACUCGUGAUUCAGGCUA